UUUCAGAAAAAUGGCGGGUUUACUACCUCUCCUUAUAGCCUCCCUCGUCAUGUGUUCGGCCGACAACCCCCUCUCAGAGCUGAAGAAAGCCCUCCCCUCAGUCUCCACUCCCUCAGUGCCAUCCGUGAAUGAUGCGGUGAAAGUGCGCGACGCAGUGACAGGGAACGUUUCGGACGCGGCCGGCAGCUUUGGGAGGGGCGUGCAGAAAGAGAUAGCUGCUGUUAAACAGCCUAUAGAUGAAACUAUUGCUUUCAUCGGGUCUAGCCAAUGUACAAAUGUGAAGAAGAUCUUCGGAGUAGCGUACGAGAACUACGAGGGAGAUGACGAGCCUCAACUAGACAGACUGACUCUAGAGUACAGAGAUCCUGGCAUCCGCACGAUAUACAACAUCAGCAGCGCGGCGGCGCGCAUCCCCGAGGCCCGAGAAUUCAACCCCGCGCAGAAACUGUAUAUCUUCAUACAUGGUUUCACUGACGACCCCAGCAAAGGAAGCUAUAGUGCUAUCAGUGAAGCGUUGCUGAGCCAAGGUGAAUCCAAUGUUCUGGCCCUGGACGCCAGCGCCCUGAUUAAAUGGCUGUACCUGCGCUCCUCGACCUACGUGCGGUUUAUAGGAGAGAGGCUCGGAGAAGUUCUCGCCGCCAUGGUUAACAAGGGCCACAACCCCUCCGGCAUACACAUCAUCGGACACAGCCUGGGCGCCCACAUAUCCGGCUUCACCGGCAAAACCUUCGCCAACCUGACCGGCCACCGGGUGGGCCGAAUAACCGGGCUUGACCCGGCCGGACCGUGCUUCAGCCACGUGGAACCCGAGUUGCGGCUCAAGGCCACGGAUGCGGACUAUGUGGAUGUUAUACAUACGGACGCGGGGGUCUAUGGAUUGAAGGAUCCUGUUGGUCAAGUGGACUACUUCCCGAAUAGCGGCUCUCAGCAGCCCAACUGCCUGUUCCAGACGUGUAGCCACAGCCGCGCGUGGGUGUACUUCGCGGAGUCAGUCAAGACCCCUGAAGCGUUCCCCGCGCGGAGGUGCAAGGAUUACGAUGCGUUCAAGAAGGCCCAGUGCGACAGUGAUGUCAGCCCCAUGGGAUUCGCCUCGAAGCCUGGUACUACCGGCCGCUACUACCUGCAGACCGGCGAAGACAGCCCGUACGGCCUCGGCAAGCAGGGGUUGAUGUGGAAAAAUAAUGAGGGAAUUGUGAGGAACAUCGGGGCGAAAGUGUCCAACUUGUUCGGUUAA